UCCGCGCCGAAUCAUGGACCACAAUGACAAUGAUUUGCAAGGAACAAAUAGUUCAGGAUCAUUGGGUGGUCUUGAUGUUCGUAGAAGAAUCCCUAUAAAGCUUAUCUCAAAACAGACGAAUAAAACCAAACCUGCACCUCGAACUCCAAGAAAUAUGAACAGGAUGUCUUCAAAGACGCAAACUGGUGAUGAAGAAGAAUUUGAAUAUAAUGAAGAGGAGCGCUAUGAAUGCAAAGGGGGUGAAAUGUUUGGAAAUCAAAGGAGAUUCCCCGGACCCAUUUUUUGGGACUAUAAGAUAAACUUGCUGGGGGAAAAGGAUGAUACACCUGUCCAUUUCUGUGAUAAGUGUGGAUUGCCUAUCAAAAUGUAUGGACGCAUGAUACCUUGCAAGCAUGUUUUCUGCUACGACUGUGCUAUACUACAUGAGAAAAAGGGAGACAAGAUGUGUCCAGGCUGUAAUGAACCGGUGCAGCGAAUUGAGCAGUGUGUACGGGGGUCUCUCUUCAUGUGUAGCAUUGUUCAAGGGUGCAAGAGAACAUAUCUGUCACAGAGAGACUUACAAGCUCACAUCAACCACCGUCAUAUGAGAGCUGGAAAGCCUGUUACUCGUCCUCCUCUUGAACCUGUUCAUCCUCCUAUUGCUCCACCUCCUGCUGAAAUUCCUGAGCGUUUCAUAAUGCCACCUGACAAACAUCAUAUGAGCCACAUUCCGCCAAAGCAGCACAUCAUGAUGCCGCCACCUCCUUUACAGCAUGUGCCACAUGAGCAUUAUAACCAGCCACACGAAGAUAUUCGUGCACCUCCUGCGGAGAUGUCGAUGGCUCCACCACCACCUCGCCCAGUCAGUCAGGACACCUUCCGCAUUUCUACGAGGAAACACAGCAACUUAAUAACUGUCCCUAUACAGGAUGAUUCGAAUUCAGGUGCUCGAGAACCACCUCCACCAGCCCCAGCACCUGCUCAUCAUCAUCCUGAAUAUCAGGGUCAGCCAGUGGUGUCGCACCCUCAUCAUAUUAUGCCUCCACAGCAACAUUACGCACCCCCACCCCCACCGCCUCCACCAAUAAGCCAUCCGCUGCAACAUCCUCCUCAGGCAGCAGGUACUCCUCACAUGGUAUAUAGCCAAGCUCCUCCACCACCAAUGACCUCUGCUCCUCCUCCAAUAACCCCCCCACCUGGACAUAUAAUUGCCCAGAUGCCACCAUAUAUGAAUCAUCCUCCUCCAGGACCUCCCCCUCCUCAGCAUGGAGGCCCACCUGUAAAUGUAAAUGCACCCCCUCCCCAUCACUAUAAUCCUAACUCUUUGCCACAGUUCAGUGAAGAUCAAGGAACUCUCAGCCCCCCUUUCACGCAGCCAGGGGGGAUGAGUCCAGGGAUAUGGCCAGCUCCAAGAGGGCCACCUCCACCUCCAAGAAUGCAAGGGCCUCCUGCUCAGGCCCCACUUCCUGGACCACACCACCCUGAUCAAGCCAGAUACAGACCCUAUUACCAAUGAUAUGAGCAAUUAUAUCAAUAGAGAGUGCUAUGAAGAAGAUAAAACUAUAUAGAACAGUCUUUUAAUUAAAUUUUUUUUAAUACUGUCAUUUUGACUGUAAGACACUUUGGGGUUUGAAUCUUAAAUAAUUUUUAAAUCUUGGCUGUAGGACUCUGACUUCAAAUAUUCAGUAGUACUAAAAUAAGUGGCUUAGUAGACCACAGUUGCAUUUUAACAGAACUUCUGUCUCUAGUGUGGCUAAAUUGUCCUAAGAUGAACACUUGUAAUAUUACUUCCUGGAGAAAAUGAACAUGCAUUGUACCAAUAUUGUUUUUGUUAAAUCCAGUGUUUAGUUUCGCUUGUGAUUUGUUUUUGUUAGCCUGUGUACAAUAAUCAAAUUGAAAUAUGGUUGUAAAAGUGCUGGGCUUCUUUGUGAAGUUAACACAGACACAAUUCCUAGAUACUGUUUUGGUACAAAUACUUUCCAAAUGGGCAGCAUAACGAAAUACUAAGGAAACUUUAAUGUCUCUUAUAUUAACAGUUACUGUUACUUAUAGUGAAUUCAGGCUGUUCUGAAUUCAUGGCACUAGAAAUCAGCUGUGCAAAAUACUGCCUCUCACUUUUUUUUUUCUUUUAAUUUCUGCAAUAUCAGGAAGGCAAAAUAAAUAUAUCAGAAAUGCAGCUUUGGGCAUGAAAUGAAACCAUGCCAUAAUAUAUUGAGGUUUUGGGGGGGGGGUUGAGUUUUUUUUUUUUUUUUUUUUUUUUUUUUUAAGCUCAAUUUUGAUUCAGAAGGUUCUGUUUACAUGUACACUCCUCAUUGGUGUUGAAUUCAAACUAUUGUGUUUACCCAUGGAUAUGUUUGUGUGGCUGUGGCCAUGCACUGGCUUGCCAUGUCUGAGAGAGAAGCGGAUUACUUUUUGGAGGGAAGUGGCAUUUGCCUAUGUCACUUUAUGUAAUAUGUACAGUAGGAAAACUUCCCAUUUUGGUAAUCUGAAAGAAGGGAGCUGAACUCUGUUGUGUAGAUCUAAAAAAUAAAAAAUAAAAAUAAAAAAUCCUACAAAGCCUUUAUCUGUUUCAGUUUUGUGAUAUAGAUUUAAUUGAACAGACAGUGUUUCAUGUAAAGGUCUUUUACAAACAGAUAUUUAAGGAGACUGUUGGAUCUGUUUUGGUCUAAAAUUUAGGUUUUAUAAGCACACUUAAAUACAAAUAUAGUAAAUGUAAGAUGUGAAUGUUCUCUGUAAUGCAGCUGGUAGCAGAACCAGACAAUGAUAAGAUGAUACUGUCUGUUUGGAAUGCUUGUCUUUCCUUUCAAAUCAAUGUUAGUGCUGAACUUUCCUUUUUCAAAAUGUCAGUUUUCUAGCAGUGGUGCUUUCAGGUAGAAAAAAAGAUUUUUUUUUUUUAAGUUUGUAAUUUCCUACUAUUCUCAAGUAACCUGAACUGUUUUCUCAAAACCUAGGUGUUUGAGUUGUUUUGUAAGCCUCUUUUUCUUGCUUCAUUAGUUUGAUUUGUCAAAGAGCCUUGAUGGUGCAACAUUCCAAAUUUUGUAGUUUUACAUAUAAACUCCACGUUUUCUAAUUAUCAGAGCAAGUGCCCUUUAGAUUUGCUCUCUGUCUUUGACUGCCAUCAAUUUCCUUGUGACCAUGGGCAAAUCUUGUAGACUACCUUUCAAAUAAAUAUAGAUGCAUGACAAAUCUUUAGAGAUGUGCACAUAAGCUUCAAAGUAUACAAAUGGUCAGUAAGUGUCACCUGGUUAAAAAUCUGCUUAGAAAUAAGCGUAUUAUAGCUAAGAACCAGACUAACUUUGUUUUGGUUUCUUUGAAGAAUACAAAAAGUCUUUUUAAGUAAAACAUAUAGCAAAGAAGACACUGGUAGAAUGAUGCAGUACGGAGUUGAUGAAAACUGACUGUUUCAGUGUGAGUGAAGGAGAAAAUUGCUCUGUCACCAUUAUUUUGUUUCAGUAAUUUAUAAUAAAUGCAUAAAGAACUUUAAAGUGCUUUCUUUUGUCAUUGUUAAAUGAUUCAGUGGGCAGUAGCUUUAGGCAGGUUAGUAUUGCAGCAUACAAUUUCAUAUAGCAGGAAAUCCCUGUGUCUUAAAGUGACCAAUGUUACUUGACUCUAAAGCCCAACUUCUAUGUGUUGUACCUUUUUAAAAUGGACUUACUGAUGGUUCUAGAUACCAGCUUCAUUUUGUGGAGGCUAAGAAGGUAACUCGUGUAGAUUUACUGGGAUGCCACCUGGCAGGCUUUUGUGUGGGGAGAUACGUUGACAUAGCUGGUGCGCUCUAUUUCGAGAAACCAGACGGAAGUCGGCUAUUACCUGUGAACUGCUGAUGGCAAGGAAGCACGCAGCUAUUUCCAUCACACUUCUAGUUUUUAGAUAUUGGUUGCAUGUCUUUGUUAGAUAUUACCCUGUCUCUUGUGAAGCAGGCGAAGGGUUCAACCCUAGUAGUUCUGGAUCCACUGAUUUUUUUUCCCCUGAUGUUAAUGGUAGAAUACUUCUCUGAAAAUGCCGAAGCAGUUUAACAGAUUAAGGGAAAACAGCAGCCCUUGCUCCAGCUAAAAGCACAAAAGAUAAAUGUAUGUCACAGUGGAGAAUGUGAGGAAUCUCUUGGUUAUUUCUGAGGCAGGGAAGGGUGACAUUUUGAUCUCUGGAGUGUGAUACAGUACUCUGCCUAAAAUCAGUGGGAUCCCUUGAGUUGUUUAACGGCCAUGAAUCGAAAGUCAUUGUGGUGGAGGAGAUGGAGGACUUGCUGAAAGGUCGUCUCAAGCUAGCGGGAUUUGGACUUGGGUCAAAUUUCUAUGUACUGCUUUUAAAGGAAGAUCUAAAUCUUUUAUUUACGUCUGUAUUAAGUGCAUCUUUGUAACUGAGGGUACUAUUCAUGCUUUCAUAUUUACAAGCUCUUAAGUUGCAGAUUUCUGAUUAACACUUCCUUGGUGGAAACCUGUUAGCAGUUGUUUUGAGUUUAUUUAUGGGAAUUGAUUUGUUUUUGCAAAAUAUCUGAUUGUUUCAGUGGGAAGUUCAGAAGUGCUAUACACUAUUUCACUGUAUACUUAAAACAGUUUUAGAAACAGUGAGAGGUGCUUGUGAAUUCUUUAGAUUCCUAGUUAUGUCUUCUUUUAAAGACAAAAGUUAAACAUUUGAAUUGAAUUAGGAUAUUUAUUUGCAAUAGAACUAUCUGUGGCAGCAAUCUCCAUCAUGAAGCAUUACCAAGUAGCUCUCAAAUUUUUAAGAAAAAUUCUGACAAUAUUUUAAAUUUCUUAGUCAUUGUAGGAUCCUGUAAUAACGCCAUAUAACUGAAUGAGAAGGAGCUUGAUGAUAGCUUGUGUCCACUACAAAAUUAGUAAAGGGACACUAGCAGAUAUCCAGAUACUUGUCUCCUUAAAUUUUAUCUUCAAUUCCAUGUAUAACUUUGUUUAAAAGGUUGCCUGUAACAAUGCAUACUUUAAAACAAGCAAGCUAAUUGCAUGAGCAUGUUCGUUUGUUUUUUGAAAAGCUAUUAACUUGAAGAUUGGGUACCUACAUGUGUUAAGUGAUAUUUUUCAUGUCUUUUUUUUUUAAUAAAAGUAUGAAUUUCAUUUUAGAUCUGAUCCAAGAGAAUUUUAAAACUCCAGUAGACAAAACCUUAAUAGAGGGAAUUUCUGCUUCUUCUCAUUUAUUGCUCUUAAAGGAAUGUCAAGUUCAUUUUGUCAAAAUAUAAAGUGGAAGUACUUGUAUUCAUUGCAUAUUAGAUUUUGCAGGCAUAGCAGUGGGGAAAGCCUGCCUGUUGUCAGUGUAAUGUAAGUCAGGUGUUCCCCAAAGUAAUUUCAUGGAUAUGCUUUCUCUCUGGAUCUAGUUGAACACACUUCUCUGUUCCUAAAAUGUUUUGUACGGUGUAAAACUUCUGUCUAAUUUGUGCUGUUUCCCUCUGGGUUCACUACCAUAUUGCUGACAAAGUAUGUACAGGUUCUCAUCAGAAGCUACUUUUCAAGCCUGGGAAACUGUAGGGGUACAAUAGAAUAAAAUUUCAAUUUAAUAUUGAAUGUAUAAUAAAUACAAUUUGAGCUUUUCCUGUUCAUGACACAUAUGACACUACAAAGUCCAAUGCAUUAUGCAGAGCAUUGUCAAGGUUUAUAUUCAUUUUCAUCUUGACUCUAAUUCUGAAAAUUAAAUUCGAGUAUUAUAUAAGUUGUAUUUCCACUGUAUUUUAUUUUAUGCUGUUAAAAACAGUUCUUAGUCAGCUACAAUCAUCUUUGUAUAGCAAUGAUCCCCUCACAGGUGGUUCUUCAGUGUGUUCAGGUGUGUUAAAUUCACACUAAUGGCUCAUACUGACCAGUCUGUAAACUGAAAUAGCUGCGUUCAUUUGGUCAAUGUGAAUGAGAAUAAUAAAGUUUAAAGCUCCUUUUAGUCUUGACUUAGCCAUGGUAAUUUUUAAUGUUGACUUAGCCAUUAAACAGUGUGAAUUUGGAAGCUUUUCCUACUCUGAAUCGUAUCUUCUUUUUAAAAAUUAUUUUCAGUUUUGACUCACUUAUUAGUGCAAGAUAAGAGAUGACUAAAUCCAACACACAUCUUGAGAGAAGUGGGUGGAAUAGCAGCAGGAAACUGUUAAAUUGGCUCAGUCAGCUUGAUAGUUUUAUCAGUCAUUUUAAUAAUAGAACAGAAUUGAUUCUUCAGUGGGAGAGAUUAUAAUCACAGUUUCUGUUAAUGAGGAAGAAUGAUAGUGAAUGUAUGCAAAUGGACAGGAAAGUUUCCAUUUUUGUAUAGUAAUGUUUCAAAAUAGAACUUAACUGUUUAGAAAAAAAAUGAAUUUUUUAAAGUAGAUGUGAAUAUGUAUAGUCUACAGAGUUUUAUUCAGUUUUAUUUGUGAAAAAAGUGCUUGAGCACAGCUCCAAAAUCAA